UGUCCUUCACUGCCUCCCUGAGUUUGCUCAGUUUCAUGCUCAAUUUGACUUUACUUUUACAAAAAAAGAAUACAGUUGUUCUUCACUGCCAAAAUAUUCAGAACAAAAAAACUAUUCAACUUUCUUCUGAUUUAGUAUUAAGCAAAUAAACCUGAAUAUUCUUUAGAACAAAUCUGUAAUUUUAAACAGGACUAUUUAUGGGAGGAAAAUAUUGGCCUUCAGUGAUGACCAAAUUAAAAAAUCCCUAUCCACAUUAAACAGCCAAGACUGAACAUCUAAAAUACUGAAAAAUUUCUGAAGGAUCAGUACAGCUAUGACACUGUACUAGUGUCUAGUAGAAGAUAAGGUGUGAUAGCAGGAACAGGUAGACUUGAUGGGAGAAGAAAUAACUGAUAAUUGCCUUCACUAAAUGGUAUCUAUGCAGAUUAAUGUAAAGUCUGAAUAUAUGAAGUAUCAUCAGCGAUCACUGGAUUUAUAACUUUUUAAGACACCUGCAUACAAAAUGUUCACUAUAGUAUUUUCACCAUUUCAGUGGCUCAACUUUUUCUCUCUUUUGAACUACAGAACUAGUGUAAUGCCCUUAAGUAUUGAAGCAGCUAUCCCAAACCCCAAUACCUCCAAAUUAGUUGGAACUACAACUCCUAGAAUUCACAGGCAACGUGACCCAAAAUAGGAUAGCUAAAUUGAUCUGAAUUUAGAAGAGCAAUAAAGGCUGCUCUUUUCAUGUUGCAAAGCAUCAACCAUGUCUAAAAGGGGAAGAUGUUAGAAACUUAAAACAAGUUUUUUCUCUCUUAUCUUUUAAAUUAAAGAGGCUAUAGCCCAGAACACAAGUUGUUAUUUGUACAUACCUGCAGCAGGUUUCAGGAAUGAUUGUGAAAUAACCUUUAGAAAGGACUGUGCACAGUGGAAGCCUAAAUUAUUUUAAAAUGUUAAUGGCUGUGAAGGCUGCCUUGAGUACAUAAACCAUGUAGGGGGUGAAUAAAUAUUGCAGUCAUUUGCUGAAAAAAUGCUUUCAUGUUGGAUUAAGGGAGAAGUAGGAUUGGAUUGAUGGAACUUGGGUAUGAUCCUCUCCAGCUUGCCAGCAGUUUGCUUUUGGGCAUCACAGCAGCAAUGACAGCUGUAAUGGCAGACAGAGCUGAAGCAUGGAGAAUUGGUCACUGCACCUGCUUGUUCUUUCCUAUCUGGGUCUUGUGAGCAUGAUCACCACCGCUGUGCCAGCCAAGGAAAGCAGGCAGGUAAAGGAGAGCAGAUACAGUGGUCGUUCCUAAUGAGCAGCAGCCAACACCCAGCUUCUUCCUUGCCUUUUAGGCAUACAACCGAGCUGAUGGCUGAGUCCACUCUGCUGCACUACCCCAGAGGUGUGCAGGGUAACAAAAUGUGAUGAUGGCCGGAUUUUCUUAGACUUCACAGAGAGGCCAGUUUACCGCUGCUGCUGAGUUGCUUUCCCUCUUUCUGUUGGCAGUUUUGAAGGCUCCCAGUAUGUUGCCAAGCAUCUGCCACAAACUGGCUCUGAUCCUGUGUUUUAUAUUCUUUUCUGGCAAAGAUCCCUCUGCCACAAAGAGGUCGACGAUCCGUGUUCUCGCCGUUCGCACGAGCUCUUGGCCUAUUUAGCGUCCCGAAGGGGGCUGGACCACCGUCCCGUUUGCUCUGAUCGCUAUGGCAACCGAUCAGACCCGCCAUAUUGUUAAGAACGUUUCCAUAGCAACAAAACCACUAGGGCCAGCAAUAGCUGCCAUAUCGCUUGAUUUAAUCCCUACGGGGACCAGGACGGCUCCCCCAAACGAGGGAAGGAGACGCAGCCCUUCUCUCCCUUUGGGCAACCGCCUGUCCGAGUCGGCCCGACCAAAGGAAACGAAGCCCGCCUUGCAGGCAUGACGGGCCGCUCAGGCCUGGAGGACUUGAACCUCACGGGGGACGAAGUAGAGCGCCUGACAAGCGCCUUCAAGGACCAGGGCUUCCGCACUCUUUUCGCGGAGUACGUGGCCGAACUGAACGAUCCAGAACAAAGGGCUAUUUAUGAGGCCGAAGUGACAGCUCUGGAGCGGCAGCGGGGCGUGGAAGCCCGCUUCCUGCACCCCACACCGGGCUGGGUUCUCCGCACGAGCCAGGCUGGUAGCCGGCGGUGUUACAUCAACAUCUGCAGCAACCCGCUAGUGGGGAGGCCUGAGCCUCGGCCAGAGCCUGGCGGUUCCUGCUGGCUUCUGCCACACUGCUUAGCGCCGGGCCGCGAAGAACUAAGCCGCGGCCACCCGCGCGGGCCUCACCGCCUUGUGUACGACGUCGUCUUCCACCCGCAUACCCUCCGCUUGGCCGCCCGCCUGGCCCAGUUCCGCCGCCUGGUGAACGACACGGCCCUGGAGGCGGUAGAGAAAAAUUUCUCCCCGCAACUGGACCGCACGAACGCCGUCCCUCUCCGCUGCACCAAGUACAAGGGCGUCCCACAGGCCACGUUGCUCCGGACGCCGCUCCCCGCAGGGGCUCGGCCGCCCCCAGAAGAGGGUGGAGAGUCCGACGACUCCCCUUUGCCGCCUUUCCCUUCGCCCUACACCUAUCCGCCGCCCAGGCCGCAGUACGCAGCUCAGAGCCCGCCGCCGCCUCCCAAAUCACCCCCAUCUCCCACCACUCCGCACUGGACCCUCCGGCACCGCUCCUACGUGGACUUUCAGGACUACCGCAACAGCCGGGACUCGACGCCUAGCCCGAUCCCCCGUGAGUUGGUGGUGACCAUUGAGCUGCCACUGCUCAGCUGUGCCGCCCAGGCCCAGCUGGAGAUCUGCGGCCAGGAGCUCCAGCUGGACUCGCAGCGCCCUGCUGCCUACCAGCUGCGCCUCCCAUUGCCCUACCCAGUGGACGAGGGCCGCGGCCGGGCCACAUUCAACAAAGCCAAGAAACAACUAGUGGUAGUCCUGCCGGUUUUGCGGAAGCCUGACUCGGAGCUUGUUUUCAGCGUCCAAACUCCGCAAGAGCAAAUCAAGGCCUCGCCAGAAAACGAGGAGCAGCUGCAGGAAGACUGCGCCGCCACCCCAGAUAAGGACGAUCCGGAAGUGUGUCAAAAGACCAGCCAUUCUGAGCAGGCGCUUCCUCUUGUUGCAUCCGUAGACAGCGCGGCAUUGCCUGCGUCCGACGUAGAAAUAACUCCGACAGCCUCUUUGGCCGUUGCUACGACAAAUGAUAAUGUGGAUGUCCCUUUGGUUUCUGACGUGAACAGCCCGGUUCCGCUCAGUGCCCACGUGCGGACUACCCGUAACCAUCUGGAGUUUUCGAUGCAUGCGGAAGAAAUUCCUUGUGCUUCUGAAUUUAGUGCUGCACUUCCCAUGUGCAACGAGAACAUUAGUCCAGGGGAUUCGUCGUUAACCAGAAGCAGUAACAACGUGAUCUUGGGUGCACAGCCUGAAGGUACCGGCUCAGAUUCCCUUGCCCCCUUUCUGCAUACUGACACUUGGGAGCUUCCUGCGCAUCCUGUUUUUCCUGUAAAGCAGGAACAUCUCUGCACCGACAUGGAACUUAGUAAAAACCCCAACAUCACUAACGUUGAACUCCCAUUGUGCCCAGGUAGCAGCACAAUCCCGUAUAUAUGUCCUUCUGAUAUCAGCUUGGAUCAUUCUGAGACAAUCUUGUCAACUGACAGUCUGGAUCAGAGGCCAAAGUUUUCUGGAAACUCAGAUACAGCAAACCCCACCACUACUAACCAUGUGGAACAUUCUGUUUUGUAUCCUGGAAAGAGAGUCACUGUUUCUUCUAUUCGGCCUUCACAAAAUCUUGAUGGAGCUGUAGAUGCUCAUAUAACCUCUACUUGCAAUCCUGAUCCUUCAGUAUCUCUUGCCAGCCCCCUGUGCCCUCCUUUUAAUUGUACUCAAGAUGAAAAGUCCCUGGUGCUCCUCUUACAGGUUCCAGACAUUGUUCCCCUGAGCUUUCAGGGGGAAGUGGGCACGAAUUACUACAGGGUGAAUUUUGCAAACAAAGACUCUGUUUCCUACAUUUUCCUCUUACAGUUUCUUCCUGAAAAUAAAUUGUGUUCUCCAGAAAUUGAAGUUAAUGUCUCACCUAAUAAUGUUGUCAUUACCCUCGCUAAAUCACCUGAAACCACUGGAAUUUGGACAAAGCUCUACUUUGGUUCAAAUUAUGACGACUUACAGGAAAGGUGGUUUAUCACUGAAAACAAUGUCGAUAAGUUUCUUGUCAGUCUCACAGGGAUUUGCUGUCCCAGUCAAUCAGAGAGGGAACAUCAGCCAUUAAUUGAAGUAUUGGAUGUCUCUGAGGGCAAAAGUCAGAUCAGAUUAAAGCAGGUAGAGGAGAAUGGUAGCCGUGAACCUGGCAGAAGAGAAGAAAAAGAGGGCAGCAGACUUUUAGCAGAUGCAGAAAAUUGCUCUGUACAAACCAAAAGUGUUUCAUUUGCAACUAUGGAAACAAUGGGGCAAGUUGGCAAGGGACCAAGCCAUUGUAUGGAGCUUGACCCUGGUGAUCCCAGUGGGAGGAUUCCUGGGAAGUCACAGAUAAACGAAUUAUUUGAGUCAGAACUUUCUUUUGCAACAGGCAAAAGAGCCACAUCCUCAGGGCAAACUGAGCUUCAGGAGGAGCCUGUCCCGUUUCUACAGGGAGAGGAAGUGGAUGUACAUUCAGAGUCCUCACAGAACAGACAAGAAUUGAACAAGUUAGUUCCCACUGUGUUAAAGGAAACUAACAUGCAAGAUGGAAGUGUGGAAUAUAUAAGCUGUCACAGGACACAGUGUGCAGUCACCUUUGAAAAUACUUUGCUGUAUGAACUGGAUUAAAUUAGUUUUGUAAGGCUCUUAUCUAAGCUCCACAACUACCUCAAAUUCUGUGCUUACUCUAAAGUACACAAAAAAGCAAAGUCAUGUAGAAAUCAAAAUACAACUGUUGGGAGCAAAAAGCAAGAAAUAGAAACUAUUUGUCCAAACCUUUACUUUUCUCGUUAGUUCAAAGAUUCAGAUGUGACCAAUUUGUUACUGAAUUUCAAAAAGAAAUAGGCAGCUCAUUAAAGCCAUACAGAUUUCUCAGAGAAGUCCAGAAUCCGAAUUAGAUGGGAUAAGUUAGGAAAGCAUGCAGAAUCUACAAUCACACCUUGGCUUAUAAGCAAAUUAUAAACAGUUUUUUUAUACAAACAUGCAACUCUUUUAUGAGCCAUGUUUAACUGGGAACUGACUGGACAGAAAAUUUCUAACAAGAUUGUCUGAAAGGGACAUGACUACCCGGUACAUUCACAUCUGUAAAACUCAAUUCUGAUGGUUUCCAGUUCCUUAUUUUUAACUUCCCCUUCUGUUUUCUCCAGUUUUCAGCUAAAUGGCAGAUAAUAUCUCAUCAUUAAACACCCUUCUCCAAAAGUUAGAUGACAUUUCACACAAGACCUUUGCUGUUAGAACUGCUUUCAGAUGUGUAUUUGCACAGCUUGAGAGUUCUCAUACUCUAGCGUCCUACAGGUAGGCAAGAGAAUAAAAAUAUUAUUAAACUGUGUUAGCCAAUUUAUUUGCUUCCAUAUCACAUAGUUAAAGUUUUUGAUUUUUUCCAAUUAAUUGAUAUCUGGUCUGCAAACAUUUUCAGUCUUUCAGGAGCCUGAUUAAUGUCCCAAUCACAUUGGGGAAGUUUUUCAAGUGGUGUGAAAAAGUGAUUUGUUAAGUUACUGUCUCUGAAACCAUUGAAACCAAAUGGAUUUCUGUGUAACUUGGCUAGGACUUUAAUGGUGCCAGAUUGCCAAUUUCAUUUACUUGGAAAUAAAUUUGCUGUUUUCAAAGAAUUAAUUUCAAAGCUUAAUUUAAAUACAUUUUGUAAGCAUUGUCCUAUUUUGUCAUACAACACCAGCCAUCAGCAGGCUGAAUCUGUUUUUGUUCAGUGUAAGUCAGUAAGUAAUGUCAUUAAAUAGUCAUGGGAAGACUUAUUAUGCAAGGAAUAAACUGGGUACCUCCAUAAAAAAUACACUCAUAGAUAAUAUAUAUUAGAAAUUAUCCUGUUUGAAUUUGCAGGUCACAACAUUAAAACUCUCUAAUUUCAAUCAAAUUAAACCAUUAGAAUGUCAAAAACCACACAGUAACAGAACUGUUCUAAAUGUCAACUUAAUUAAAUUUUCUUGCUUAAGCCAACUUCUAAUUAUGCCCCAGAAUUAGCCAUUAGCCAGCUCUAAUGUGCCUUAGGUGCUGUUGAUAAUUUGCAGGAAACUAUUCAAGUCUGACGCUUGUGCAAACUCUUGUUCAGCGAGACAUCACAAGCGUGCGGAGCAAACACUGCAAAGUCAAGAUUAAAGGUUCCAUGAUUUCAAUUAACUUUCAUCAUUGACCUAUGUGGUCCCUAGUUGUGUUUAGUUUUAACUGGAGUGUUCCCUUUUGCAGAUAAUACAAACCAGAAAUUUUAACAAAUUUUAACAACUGCCCUCUAAAAAUGAUUUAAAACAGUCUGCAGUCUUUCAUCCAUUAAUUUAAAAGUUCCAUCUGCAAUUUCAUAUUCAAAUGGAACUGUAAUAAGACAGUUUAUAAAACCUAAUAAAUCCUUCCUUUCUUGUAAUCUUAAAAAUGUUUUUAUUCCAGAAAAGUAGAAAAACAAGAUACAGAAAAGUGUUGUAGUUUUUCUGUUAGUUCCCCUUAGUUUAAUACAUGUAAUUUUUCUCAAAUAUAAUUUAUAAAAAAAUAUUUUAAGAGUAAGGUAGUUUGUCCCAAUUAUUUCUGUUAUCUGUACCUUUGUGGGAGUUUGGACAUGUAAUAAAUUUUGGAUUAUUUUAUAUAUAAAAACUAAGGGUACAUUUUAGGAAGUUUGUUGGCAUAAUGAACUUUGUGUGGGUUGCUUAGAGAAGUUUGUGAUAAAUUCUGCUGUAGGGCUAAGCAUAUAGUUUAAUUAAAUUGUGACUGUUUCCAAAAGCAGGCCUCUUUUAGGGUAUUAAGAUUCUAGCACAUAUGUAGAAAAACCUUUCAUCUAUUAAAAUAUUUUAGGAUGUUGAUUUUUUCUAACAUUCAAAUUCUAUAUUCAAUGCUCUAUCUUUAAUUAUGUUAGGUUGCCAAAUCUGAAAGUUGAAUUGUUUCAAUAUGACUUAAAUAGUACAUUUUUAAAAAGAACUGUUCAUGUGUCUUAUUUUUAUCACUGCAUUAUGCUAACAUUUCUAUAUUAAAACUUAAUUUGUAACAUUAAAAUUAAAUAAAAUGGACCCUUUCAAACCAUUGAAACUUGUAUUACAAAAGCAUGAUUUUUUAUUUUGGUAGAACUAAAAAAGUUGCAUAAUUCUACAUUAAAAGAAACCAAUUUCAAUGUUUCUCAUAUAAUAAGCACAUAGAAAAUAAGAGAAUGCUUUUGCAGGAAUUAAGGUACCAAAUUUCAAGCAAGCCUGUAAAAGAUUAUGGAAUACUGAGUGCCAGACGAUCGUAUUGUAAAGAUAGAGGGGGAACAAGGAGUGAGUUACAAAAACAACUAAAAGCUAAUUUUUGAAAACUCAGGGGCACUGAAUACAGAGAAAAGGAUCAAGGCCACUGUAGAAACAAUUGCAUCUACAAUCUUUUUUGAUC